AUGUCCUGCCAGCAGAGCCAGCAACAGUGCCCACCUCCUCCUCCUAAGUGCAAGACACCCAAGUGUCCCCCUGCUCCUUCCUGCUGUGGCUCCAGCUCAGGGGGCUGCUGCAGCUCUGGGGGUGGCAGCUGCUGUUCCAGCCAUCACAAGCCCCGAUUCUCUCUCCGUCGCCGACGUCACAGCUCUGGAUGCUGUAGCAGCGGUGGCAGCAGCUGCUGUAGCAGCGGUGGCAGCAGCUGCUGUAGCGGCGGUGGCAGUAGCUGCUGUAGCAGUAGCUGUGGUAGUAGUGGUGGCGGCAGCAGCGGUGGCGGCGGCAGCAGUGGCGGCAGCAGCAGCUGCUGUGGCAGCAGCGGUGGCAGCAGCGGCGGCAGCAGCAGCUGCUGUGGCAGCAGCGGUGGCAGCAGCGGCGGCGGCAGCAGCUGCUGUGGCAGCAGCGGUGGCGGCGGCAGCAGCGGUAGCAGCAGCCAGAAGUCUGGAGGCUCCUCUUGUUGUAGCCGCGGCUGCUGCGGAGGCGGCGGCUGUGGCAGCUGUGGCUGCGGCGGUGAUUCUGGCUGCUGCGGCUCCAGUUCCACCGGCUGCUGCUGCUUUCCCAGGAGGCGCCGCCGACAGCGCACUAGCGGCUGCUGCUGCGGGGGAAGCCAAAGGCUCAUGCCUGAAGGAGAACACACCGGCUGCUCUGUGUCUUCUAAGGAUUCUGCGUCCGCAGCCACAUCUACUUUGUGUAAUGACUCACUGAAGUGGGCGCUGCUGCGUCCGUUUUUUACUGAGGGGAAACUAGCGUUAAGCUCUGAGUCACUUCAGUAUGCUGGCAAGAAGGAGGUGACUGCGAGAUUUCAAAGAACGUUCUCCUAA